CGUCUUUUCGGACUAAUGUGCAAGAUUGAUCAGAAUGUCAGAGAGGAAGAUUUCAUCCGAAUCGUUCAGCUCCACCGGAUCGGAUUACCCGGAAAGUCCUGAGGACGGGGGAUGUCCAUUUUCGCGGGUGGUGAAUGGGAAGCGCUCAGUUUCAGGAGCUGGCAGCAAGGACGCUGCUCGCAGGCGCGUUAACCUGGACUGUUUGGGAGAAAGCAUCCGGAAACUUGUCUUUCCAACGCCACAGACAUUACAGUGGGCACUGCAGAGGACCUUACAAUACUUUGAGCAACAAGUGAUCGGUUUCAGCUGUAGUGAUGGAUCUACCCCAGAUCCACAACUGUCCAACAGAUGUCCCUUUGCCGAUCAUUCUGUCAACGAUGAGCUGGAAGAUGUCUCAGGAAUAUUGCAAUCCUCAGCAAACGUUCUCGGUUUGGAGAUUGAAGAACUGCAAGGAAAAUUUGGUGAGGAAUUGUUCUGCAUUUGUUUUGAAGAAAAUGAAAGAGUCCUGCGAGCAGUUGGAAGUACACUGCAGGACUUUUUUGUUGGGUUUAAUGCUUUGCUGGAACAUGCAAGAACAUCUAAUAGCAAACAUGAUGGAUUUGAAUCCCCUUCUUUCCUAUGCAAAGAUUCAACUGAUGGUACUCUGAUGCUUCAAUACUUUCAUCCACACAAAAUUGUUGGAUUUGCAAUGCCUGGAUUGAUCAAAGCUGCAGCACAGAAGAUCUAUCAGCUGGAAGUUGCUGUGGAGCAGGUGCUCAAUGUCCCUGAAAAGUUAUCCUCAGAUGGCACAGACCGGAGUAAUUGUCUUACUUUCAUUAUCAAAGUAUAUGAUGAUACAGCUAAUAUGAAAAUACUUCCACAGGGUUUAACGCAUUCUCCAUCUGAUCUAAAGAUAAGCAUUAUCACUUUCUGCAGAACUUUCCCAUUCCACUUCAUGUUUGACCCAAGUAUGUUGAUCCUUCAACUUGGAGAAGGACUCAGGAAACAACUGAAAUCUGAAGCUCACAAGGUUCUGAGAUUUCAGGAUUGCUUUGAGAUUAUUUCUCCAAAGAUUUGCUGCAGUUUUCAAAAGAUUCUGUCAAAGCUGGUCACACCAUUUGUCAUUCGCGCCAAGCCAGAUGGAAGUGGACUAGGAGAUCAUGACAAAGUGAUGGAGAUUAAGGGACAAAUGAUUCAUGUGCCUGAAUCAAACUCUGUUCUUUUCCUGGGCUCACCAUGUGUUGACAAGCUGGAGCAAUUAAUGGGACGAGGUUUACAUCUAUCAGACAUACCCAUCCACGAUGCUACUCGUGAUGUUAUUUUAGUGGGUGAACAGGCUAAAGCCCAGGAUGGCCUGAAGAAGCGCAUGGACAAAUUGAAAGCAACACUUGAAAAAACACAUCAAGCCUUAGAGGAAGAAAAGAAGAAGACAGUGGACUUACUUUAUUCAAUCUUCCCAGGUGAUGUUGCCCAACAACUGUGGCAGAGAAAAUCAGUGCCAGCAAGGAAAUUUGAUGAUGUUACCAUGCUUUUCUCUGACAUUGUUGGCUUUACUGCCAUUUGUGCACAAUGCACCCCAAUGCAAGUAAUUAGUAUGCUGAAUGAACUGUAUACCAGGUUUGACUACCAAUGCGGAAUCCUGGAUGUAUAUAAGGUGGAAACAAUAGGUGAUGCAUACUGUGUUGCUGGAGGGUUACAUAGAAAAAGCAGCAAUCAUGCUAAACUCAUAGCCCUGAUGGCACUGAAAAUGAUGGAACUAUCUGAGGAGGUGCUGACACCCAAUGGAAAACCCAUUAAGUUGCGAAUUGGGAUCCAUUCUGGUUCUGUACUGGCAGGAGUUGUUGGUGUGAAGAUGCCUCGUUAUUGCUUAUUUGGAAACAACGUGACUCUGGCCAGCAAAUUUGAGUCAGGAAGUCAACCACGGCGCAUUAAUGUCAGCCCCACGACAUACCAGCUAUUAAAAGACGAUGAGAGUUUUAAAUUCAUACCACGCUCCCGAAGUGACCUUCCAGAUAACUUCCCAGAGGAAAUUUAUGGGACAUGUUAUUUUCUGGAGGCCAAUGUUUCCCUCGAUUCAUCAAGAAUGAUAAGCAUGUCUGCUUGCACAAGGAAAAAGUCGUACAAUAUUGGGACUAUGUUUCUUCGGGAGACCAGUUUAUGA